AUGGAUGAGGGUCUUGAUCUUUCGUUGAUACCUUCAACAUUAAGAGAUGAUUUACUCAGGACGAUCAUUUCAUCUUUAUAUGAGCCAGAAAAAACCGCAGUCGCAAGGCAAUACGACAAUCAAACACUCACAGCAGAGGAUAAUAAACCACACAGCAAUCACAAGGCUAAGCUUGUAGGUAGAUCGUGGACUUUCCGAUUAAAGAGUGACUCAGUGACAAUUGGUCGUAAUACAGACACCUUUAACAAUACGUUCAAUUGGAGCACUAGGGCUGGACUUGAUAUUGAUUUGGGGCCCUCAAAAACAGUAUCAAGAAAUCAUGCAAAGAUAAAUUUUGAUGAAAGAAAUGGUAAAUGGGUGUUUACUUCAUUGGGCCGUAAUGGUGCAAAAAUAAACGGUAAAAGGGUUAAACCAACAGAUGCGGAAAGUUCUGUUUCAGUUAGUAUUUCAAACGGCGCACUUAUUGAAGUCGGUGGUGUAGAUAUGAUGUUUUUGGUGUCAGAUAUGUAUCCAAAAUAUACCCAAAAAACCUUGGAUGUAAUAGCUACAAGGCUAUUUAAGCAUUACAAACUAGAAUCAGAGCCAAUUAAUGUGGUCGAAAAUCCAUUCACAUGGGGUAUAAUAAGAUACUCAAAAUAUUACAAUUCUAGAGUACGAGAUGAGUUAAAAAUUAAGGAAGGAACCGUUCCAGUACAAAAAUUGAAGCUAGAAAUUGAAUUAGAGAAAAUCAGAGAAUCCAACAAAAAAAAGGAAACUCAGGAGUCAAAUGUUGAUAGAAGCUUACCGCUGCAAGAGGAAGGAUCUGGUGACCACAGCUCUCAUACCGAUAAGGAAAAGCUCCCCAAAGACUCCAAUAUCAUCCCUAAACAAGAGACUGUCCAUGACAACGAUGUAACAAAGACUAAGGGAAAUGCAGUGACUGAUACUGAAAUGCAUGUUUCCCAGGAAACGGACAAUUUUCAGAGUUCGAUAAUUGAACCUCCAAAAGAAAUCUCGAAAACUAGCUUCUAUACUAAAUAUGAUGUGUCUAAGUCUGAUACACCUGUAAGUGAUGAAAUAAGUGGUAAUAGUAAAAAUUUGAAAAACAUACGAAGUCUUGAUGAAACAGGUACGACAACAAACAUUGACGGCGAAACAGCAGUAAACUCUAAGAGACAACAUGAUAAUGAUAUACCUGAUGAACGGACUAUAAAGCAACCGAAGUUUGAUGUAUCAAGACUGCAGAAGGAGCUAAACUCAAAUUCAAAGGCAUUAGGUGACAAGAAUGAAGCAAAUGCUUCGGUUAAUCCUGACGUAUCAUUCGCUGACAAAGCAGUCAAAGAUGUGAAAUUAAUAACUGACAGAAGAAUUUUAUCUGAUAAUAGGAACGGCACUGCCAAACCAAAAGAUUCAUAUGCCACACUAAUCACCAAAGCCAUUUUAUCGUCUCCAAGUGGUGAGAGAACACUAAGUGAAAUUCUAAAAUAUAUCAGUGAUGAAUAUCCUUAUUUCAAAACGUCUACAUUGGACUGGCCAAAUUCAGUGAGACAUAAUCUUUCCGUAAAUAAGAAAUUUGAAAAGAUCAGUAAAAGAGCCAAUGCUAUAGGAAAAGGUAAUAACUGGAGAAUUUCACUCGACUAUCAACAAGAGUUUUUGCAGAAAUGGAAAAAAGGCACUUUAAAAUUUAUGAAGAAAACAGAUGCCGUCGAUCGACAACUGUUGCUAUAUAUCUCAAAGCAUGGUGAUCUCCCUAGAAGACAGGCACCAGAUGAUUCGCCAAAACGCAUCACAAUCCAGAGCAUGUCUGAAGCACCUGGCUCAAAAAAACUAGAAAGAACAACCAAAUUAUGA